UUAGUGCACGUUAAAAGUCGUCAAGAUCGUGUCAAUGAGGCUCUGGAAGCCCUCCAAUCUUAUACUGACAAAGGAGGUACGCUUUCCCACAAGAAUAAAGCUAAAUCUCUUGCUCUUUAUCAAACUCUACUGAAAGCAUGCGAGAGUGAGGGAGAAUAUAUCAGACUGCAGGGAACAGCAUUACAGGGAACAACAUUGCCUUUGUGGGUGGGUGGCGUUGAUGGUUUCCCGCCACCAUUUGUCGGGGGUAUAGCGAUUCCUGAGACGCUACCUCUUAAAUCAGGCGAUUCUGUUGCAGCCUAUGUGGACGAAAAUUGGAUAUUAGCAGAGGUAUUAGCAGUUAGUCCUACGGGACGAUACGACGUGAAAGACGUUGAUGAUGAACAAAGGGUGCGCCUGACAAUCGCUAGACGUCGUCUCAUACCAUUACCGAAAUGGAGGGCUGACCCAGAAAGAGAUGCUCACGCUCUAUUCCCAAUGGAAGCCAUUGUUUUGGCACUUUAUCCGCAGACUACGUGUUUUUAUAAAGGCAUGUUUCUUUUUAAAAUAUCCACUUGGUUUGAGGAAUAG